AUGUCAAAGGAGGAGCAGGCCUGCAAGGUGAACAUGGGGUGCACCAAGCACAAGGAGCGCAAGCCCAAGAAGCCCCACUACAUCCCGCGGCCGUGGGGCAAGCCCUACAACUACAAGUGCUUCCAGUGCCCCUUCACCUGCAUGGAGAAGUCCCACCUGUACAACCACAUGAAGUACAGCCUGUGCAAGAACUCCCUCUCGCUGCUCAUCGACUCAGACUGGCCCUACAAGAAGGGCAACCUGCUCCACGCCGACCAGCUGCGGCUGCAGGCAGGUCUGGGCCACCGCAGCCCACCCAAGGACCAGGCGGAGCAGGCCGCCGCCGCAUCGGAGCAGAGCCCCAGCAGAGCUCCGGAGGAAGACCGGCGAGGGGAAGAGGAGGGCUCAGAGGGCAAAGGGACGGCCACUUUACGCCUGGAACCUGCUGGAGGCGAGGACAGAGGAGGAGCCAAGCACACGAAGCAGGAGGCGGACGUGGUGAUGGCGGACGCGUUCUCCCUGGAGGAGCAGCUUCUGCGGGCGCGCUCCUUCGAGGUGGAGAGCCGGCUGCGGCAGUACCGGCUGCCCAAGGCGUGCCUGUCCACGCCCGCACUGCUGCCCGAGUCGUGGCGUCUGCUGGGCUGCCCGACUCAAGCCAAACCUAAAACGGAGGCGCAGGCGGGGGAGAGGGGCGCGUCCUCGCUGUCCUGCUACCCCCCGCCACCUCCUCCCGAACCCCCGGCGCUCAACCUGUCCCUGCUGGGCCUCAGCUACCCGCUCACCCCGGGCCUCUUCUCCUACCUCAACCCGGCCUCGUCUCACACACACGCCCAGCUCGCCACCCUGCCCUUCCUCACACACCCGCACACGGCUGCCGAGCGCACCCUCCUGCCUCCUCGGUUCUACUACCCCUUCCUGUGUGAGCACUCGCUUGGCACGCCCCCCUCCCCCUUGCAUCUGUCUAAGACGCUCAAAUCCCCCCAGCUCAGCAGCCAGGAUGCCUCCCCAGCCCCGACUACACCCCCCUACCCAGCCAAGCUCAGCCUGUGGGGAGUUCCAGCUGUUCGGCCUACUUCCACACAGGCCUCUCCAGCAGCCUGGACCUCGCCUGAGAGGGCCUCCCCAGAGCCAGAGUUACGUGCUGGAGAUAGAUCAAGGACAGGGGUCUGGGGUCUGGAGCAUGGAGUCAAGCGCCCAGCGCCCCCUUCAGAGUCAUCAGAGUGCCCAGCUGAGAAGAAACCAUCACUGGGUGGGGUCCCCCUAGACUUCCUUAGAAACCUACACAGAAACACACCAAGUGGUGCCAUGACUACAGAUAAAGUCCUCCUAAACAGCUCAGUGAAUGAGUGGUACACAAACCUGAGAAGAGCCACAUCUGAGAGUCCCCCCAGAGAGGUGGUCUCACCCGCCCCUGUGGGCCGAGGAGGUGAGAAGGUGAGGGAGCAGAUGGAGGACAGAGACCGGGACAGAGAGGCAGACCUCCUGGAGGAUCUCUCCAGUGCCUUGCAGGAAUACCAUCAGGCAGAGCACCGCGCGGCCACCAUUUUGGCUCAAGACGGGACCUCCGCUCAGCUCCUGUGGGACCACCUGACCCAGAUCCGCUCCCAGCUCUCCCACAUCACGCAGGCACUGCAGCGGACAGCCCCCAAUGCGGACGGCCCCCUCGACCUGUCUGUGAAAAAGGACCCGAGUACAGCUGCACUGACACGGGACAGCACAGCACAAAGCCUCAUAGGAGAGACAUUGAAGGAGGACAUGAGCAGUGAGUCAGAGGAAGAGGAGGAGCGAGACGGGGACGACGGAGAGGAAGAGGUAGAAGAUGGAGGGAGGGAGAUGAAGGAGAAGAGGAAGCGUUCUCUCGAUCUGCUUAUCAAGCUGAACCAAACGGGCAUCGCCAUGGUGAAGGGGGAGGGGAUGUGGGGUGAGAGGACCACCAAGUGUGAGGCGGACUCGAGUGUUUUGCUUUGCCCUAAGCACACACACACGCACACAUCCAACACGCACACACCGCCUGCCAGCCACCCACACAGCCCACUCACUGCUGCAGACACCUGAGAUGACCAACACUUACACACACACACACACACACACACACACACACACACACACACACACACACACA